CAAACCCGCCCAGCUCCUCUCACUCACUCCCCGCCUGUUUUCCCGCACGGCUCGGCCCGGACACACACGGCACUCACUCACACACACAGCGAGGACACGGAAUGGAGACGGAAGGGAGCCAGAGCAGCCUGUCCGCAGCGGACUCUCCACACGACCCCUGCAAAAUGUUCAUAGGUGGACUUAGCUGGCAAACAACACAAGAGGGUCUGAAGGAGUACUUCUGCAAGUACGGCGAGGUGAAGGAGUGUAUGGUGAUGCGAGAUCCGGUUACUAAGCGCUCGAGAGGGUUCGGAUUCGUCACCUUUGUUGAUCAGGCCGGCGUGGAUAAAGUUUUGGCCCAAACCAGGCACGAGUUGGACUCCAAAACAGUGAGUUCUCUCUCCGCGCAGCCUCGUGGGCCGUGGCAGGGCCCCUUGUGGCUGGCAGUUGGGUGUGUCCGUGGUGUUUGGUGGGGGCCGUGGCAGCCUCAGAGAGCGUGUGUUUGGCGUGGAGAGGGCUCAGUGAUCAGCCACAGGGGUUGGAUGCUGGUGACUCGAACCAAGAAGAUCUUUGUGGGAGGCCUGUCAGUGAACACAACUAUCGAGGACGUCAAGCAGUACUUUGACCAGUUUGGGAAGGUUGACGAUGCCAUGCUCAUGUUUGACAAGACCACCAACAGACAUAGAGGGUUUGGCUUUGUGACGUUUGAGAAUGAGGAUGUGGUGGAGAAAGUCUGCGAGAUCCACUUCCACGAGAUCAACAACAAAAUGGUGGAGUGUAAGAAAGCUCAGCCCAAGGAGGUGAUGUCCCCCACGGGCUCAGCCAGGGGGCGCUCUCGGGUGAUGCCCUAUGGGAUGGACGCCUUCAUGCUAGGCAUUGGCAUGCUUGGUUAUCCAGGCUUCCAGACAGCCACCUACACCAGCCGGAGCUACGCUGGCAUCACUCCCGGAUACACCUACCAGUUCCCUGAGUUCCACUUAGAGAGGACUCCCCUUCUGACUUCACCCCACCCCCCUGAGCUCACAGCCAUUCCUCUUACAGCGUACGGACCAAUGGCAGCAGCAGCAGCAGCAGCAGCAGUAGUCAGAGGCUCUACCCCGUCUCGCUCAGCUGGAUUUUUAGGCACGAGCAGCCCGGGGCCGAUGGCAGACCUGUAUGGAACGGCCAGCCAGGAGUCGGCUGUCAGCAGUUACCUCAGCGCUGCGAGCCCCGCCCCAAGCACUGGAUUCAGCCAUAGUUUGGGGGGCCCUUUGAUCGCCACGGCCUUCACUAACGGAUAUCACUGAGAAUUGCCGAGCUGUAGACUGAGAACUGGAAGGAGUUGAAGCUGCUUUGGAGCUGAUCUGGCCUGUCUCUGUCCAGUCCACCUCUCCGGCUGGGGCGGCUGGACCCUCAAUCCCCCCACCCCCUCAACCUGGUGUCAACCUGAACCCAGCCGACCCUACUGACACCUCACUAAACUCCACCUCCUGAGAUAAAAAGAAGAAAAAUUUCAUAAAAGGAGUGAAAAUGUUUAUCACUACAUGUAAUAGCAACACAUGCAGAUGCUGAAUUUUUAGUGUUUUUUUUUUUUUCUGUUGUUAUGUUUCACUUUGCUGUUUUUUGUGAUGGCUGCGUUGUUUCUUUUUCUGUUUUGGCUGUGUUUUAUCGGGUUAUUUGAACUUUGACCCUGAUCUCUCUGAGAUAAGAGGAGUUAAAUCUCCUGGUGAAGCCUGUUUGAAGGUCAAGAGCUGUAAUUUGUACUGGAAAACUGUAUAUUUGUCUAGCUGUCUAUACUAGUUCAUACUGAAUUUUAACAAAACAUUUGUGAUUAAUACUAUUUCUUGAGAUUGUGUCACAAAGUGUAUAUCUUGGUAGGUUUUUAACAAAGACUUGUUAUACUAAUAAUGGUCAGAUGACAAAGGUCAGUAGUCACAGUUACAUAAUAUGUCUACAUGAGCUGUACAAUUUUGUAAAAUAUUGUAAAUAUGACUGGUUUCUGGUGGGCUUAGAGGGGGGGUCAGCUAAUUUUGUGUCUGGGAGUUGGGAGGCUUUGGAGAAAUGUGUUGGAAAGCUAGACUGUUACGUAUGAUAGUUUCCCAUGGAGGUUAAGAACAUUUCAGUUUGUCUGUCAACAUAAGACCAGCCAUCCACUGUACUUCUCUCCAGGCAUUUAUGAAUGAUGUGUCAUUUGAGUCUGUUAGUGCAUUCAGAAGCUGGGUCGGAGCUGAACCACUUUCAGCUUUGAGUCCAGCAGGAGAGAGGCUGAGUCUGGAACAACACUUUGCUUUUGGGGAUAUAUGGGUGUGAAAACGCUCCUCUACCAGGAGAGGAAAAAAAAACACAUGCUGUUUUCUUACUUUGUCAUACUGUUGUUUUAACUGUGAUUUUCAAUAUGUGAUGAGUGUUUGUGGAGGAAAAUGAAAGAACUAGUAUGCAGGAGCAGUCAUACACAGUUAACAUGUUUAUGACUGAUUCACUGUGCAGGUUGUGUUGAUGUUUGCGUGAGCAUGUCAAAUGGUUUUAUACACAUUGGUUUCCAAUGUGCCAUGUGCUGUUUUUUUUUUUUUUUGGGUGGGUGGUACCUCAGCAAAUGUGA